AAAUGCCCUCCGGCGUCAUUGCCGCCAUCGCCAAGCCGCAGGGACUGGGGUCGGUCCAUCAACUUUUUGUUUCCAUCAAAGUCAUUGUCUGUCUCGAGUCAACCCUGUUUCGCCAUGGCACUCGCAGUAUCUGCCAGAGCGCGCAUACUCUGGGGCCAUGCGCCUCGAGUGCGGUCAGCCAUUCUCGUGCGCCGCUCCUUCGCCACUGUUUCGGAACCGACGACCGCUCCCUACGAUGUAGUCGUUAUCGGAGGCGGCCAUGCUGGCUGUGAGGCUUCAGCAGCUGCCGCACGAACUGGCGCAAGAACGGCUCUGGUCACUCCCUCGGUCGAGAACCUCGGAGUCUGCUCAUGCAAUCCCUCGUUCGGUGGAAUCGGCAAAGGCACCAUGCUGCGGGAAAUUGAUGCCCUGGAUGGUGUCGUUGGCCGCAUCGUCGACAAAGCUGGAGUUCAGUUCCGCGUCUUGAACAGAAAGAAGGGCCCGGCAGUCUGGGGCCCUCGUGCCCAAAUCGACAGAGCGCUGUACAAGAAGCACAUGAAGGAGGACAUGACCAACUACAAGGGCUUGAGCGUCGUUGAGGGCAAAGUGGCCGACAUCGUCGUGCAAAGAGAAGGAAUGACGGACGGCAAGCAUGGAAAGAUUACCGGCGUCAGGCUGGAGAGCGGCGACGUGAUUCCUACAAAGAACGUGGUCAUUACCACCGGCACUUUCUUGGGCGGUGAGAUUCACAUCGGUCUUGAAGCGUACCCCUCGGGUCGUAUGGGAGAAGCAGCAACGACAGGCUUGAGCAAGUCUUUACGAGACGCAGGCUUCACCCUGGGCAGAUUAAAGACAGGAACCCCACCGCGCCUCGACGGCAGAACCAUCGAUUAUACUGGCCUCGAUGUCCAGCCCGGCGACGAUCCUCCCAUGCCCUUCAGCUACCUCAACUCCCGCGUCACAGUUCAAGAUCAACUAAACUGCUGGUCCACCCACACGAACCCUGCCACCCACGAUAUCAUCCGCGCAAACCUCCAAAACAGCAUCCAUAUCCGCGAGGAGGUCAAAGGUCCCCGCUACUGCCCCUCUCUCGAAAGCAAAGUCAUUCGCUUCCAUACAAAAGACGCCCACAUCAUCUGGCUAGAGCCCGAAGGCUUUGACAAUCAUGUCAUCUACCCGAACGGUAUCUCCAUGACUGUUCCCGCCGAGGCACAAGAAGCCAUGCUCAAAACUAUCAAGGGUCUGGAAAACGUCAAGAUGCUACAACCAGGCUAUGGAGUGGAGUACGAUUAUGUGGAUCCUCGCAGUCUGCGCAAGACUCUGGAGACAAAAGCCAUUGGAGGGUUGUUCCUGGCAGGCCAGAUCAACGGCACAACAGGCUACGAAGAAGCCGCUGCUCAGGGCGUUGUUGCUGGUAUCAAUGCAGGCAAUUCUGCACUGGAGAAGCCACAGUUGCAGUUGACAAGAGCAGAUGGGUACAUUGGUAUCAUGAUAGACGACUUGAUCACGAAAGGUGUCUCGGAGCCAUACCGCAUGUUUACCUCGAGAUCAGAGUACCGCAUGUCUGCCCGCGCCGACAAUGCCGACCUCCGUCUUACCGCCAAAGGACGAGAGCUUGGUGUAGUCUCGGAUUCACGUUGGUCCCACUUCUCCUCGCAGAAAGCACAGAUGGAUGAGCUGAAGGCUUUGUUGGAAGGACACACCUUGUCGAGCAGUGUCUGGCAAUCACAUGGCUUCCCCGUCCGCAGCGACAGCAGCAAACGCAGCGCAUUCGACCUUUUGCGUCUUGCAUCCAUAUCAGUUUCCAGCCUCACCACUCUAUUACCGGACAUUGCGAAAUUCGACCCUCACAUUGUUUCUCGUAUGGACAUCGAAGGCACAUACUCUCCCUAUGUGACCCAGCAAGAAACACAAGCCAAGCACUUUGAAAGAGACGAACAACUACUGCUUCCUGCAGACAUCAACUACGAGAACAUCUUUGGGCUUAGCAACGAAGAGAAGAGGGUGCUGAGCGUUACUAGACCCGAGAGUCUGGGACAGGCCCGAAGAAUAGAAGGUGUCACGCCCUCGGGUACACUUCGUUUGUUGGCAUAUGUCAGAGGUGCCGGAAAGAGAGCAGCUGCUGUCGAUCAAGUGCUUGCUUCGCAGGAGAAAGAGGUUGUUGCUUAA